GGCUGAUGUCUUAUUCCAAGAAAACCAGAGAAAGAAAGAACAUAUACCUCAACAGAUCAUGCAAGUCAUUAAUAUGACACUUAAAUUACAUGUUAAGCUUACUGAAUUCAACUUCAUGAAUCCUCAAGCCGAAUAUUAUGUGGUAAGAGUGGAUCAUGAUCCUCUUGGGCAAGUGACUGACGCCUCAAGUAAAUCCCUCAUAGAGGAAGCUCCUAUUUUGAAGGAGAUCAGCAACACUAAUUCAAGUGCUGAGAAACUUGGAGGGACAGUCUCAAGUAGAUUGGAAAGGAAAAAUGAGGUUGAUUGUGACUCUAAGGAAGACAAUUAGUAUUGGCAGAAGCUUUAUUUUGUUAAGGCCAUAUUCUGAACCUUAUAUUUAGUAUUAUGUUGCUCAUUUAUGGGUUGAUUCUGGAUUCUUCGAUAUUUACCAAGUUUGAAGCUUUAAAUUGUACAUAGUUUGGUUUAUUGUUAUCCAAUGACAAUAGGAAUUUGAUGUUGAAAUGGUAUGGAGCUG